AUGGCCGAUACGGAGCACGAAGUGGCAGAGGUGACCACCCAGGCAGACGCCAAUGCACCAAAUGACGAGAUAGUGUCGCCGCAACCAUUACGAGCGGACAAGGCCCAGCUGCCGUCAGGACCGGAAUGGAAAGAAAUUGGAGGAAUGGAAGGCACAGGAUCACACGAGUCUGAGGGUAUUGAAUCUGUGCCUGAGGAUGCUCCAGCUGAAGAAGCGGCUACUUCAGAGACUAAAAACAUAGGUGAGGGCGAGAUUGACACCGUUGAUCAAGAUGAUAGCAGCCAGCAUGAAGAGCCCCAGUCUAUAACUGAGGUCCCCUUCACGCCGCAAGUACCGACGGCAGAGGCUGUUCCAGAACCAAGAGCCCGCUCCGAUUCGAGAUCUACUACCGCGACGCAAGCUACACAAGCUACCCAUCGAUCUACCCCAGUGAGCUCGACAGUUUUCGUUGUCACGGCUCUCGAAGCGAUUGCGGCUUCGAAAGAUGCGAAAAGGAACAAAGAGUUGGAGGAUGCAGUCCAGAAGGCCCUGGUCAAUAUCAAGCAGUCUGAUACGAAGCCCCUGGAUCCCGAGGUCAUCUUCCUUCCUCUGCAACUAGCUACCAAGACCUUCAGCAUCCCGCUUCAGGUGACAGCUCUGGACUGUAUUGGAAAACUGAUCACAUACUCGUACUUCGCCUUUCCGUCGAGUCGUCCCAGCCAAGAUGGCACAGAUCCCGCUAUUAAGGAACUCCCGUUGAUAGAACGUGCUAUUGAAACGAUUUGCGAUUGUUUUGAAAAUGAAGCUACACCGGUGGAAAUCCAACAGCAGAUAAUCAAAUCGCUGCUGGCCGCUGUGUUGAAUGACAAAAUUGUCGUUCACGGUGCCGGUCUUCUCAAAGCCGUGCGUCAAAUCUACAAUAUUUUUAUAUAUUCCAAGUCAAGUCAGAACCAGCAAAUUGCCCAAGGCUCCUUGACGCAAAUGUUAGGAACUGUCUUUGACAGAGUCCGUAUGAGACUGGAUUUGAAAGAAGUCCGCUUGCGGGAACCAGAAGACCAGCACGAAGAUCCUGUCGAGUCUACGAUAGUCGAUGCUGGCGAAGGAAGUCAACUGUCAGAGUCUCUGGAGGCCGAAUCAACCGUCUCGGAUCAGCCGACGCAAAAAGAACCUACUCAGAAACUUACCCUGCAAAGUUUUGAGUCAAGCAAAGACGAUACAAUGGUCACCGACAAUGCCCCUACCAUGGUCACUCGAGCAAGACCGACUCAUAGAUCAACUCGCUCUGUGUCUAAUGUAACGGACGAGAAAGAAGAUGAAGGGUCCGAGGAUGAGGUUGACGAAAUCUACGUGAAAGAUGCUUUCCUUGUUUUUAGGGCCAUGUGCAAACUCAGUCACAAGGCACUUACACACGAUCAGCAACAGGAUAUCAAGUCCCAGAAUAUGCGAUCUAAGCUGCUCUCACUUCAUCUCAUCCAUCAUUUAAUCAACAACCACAUCGCCGUUUUCACAUCGCCAUUAGCAACGAUCAGAAAUAGUGCCAGCUCCGCAGACUCCAUGACUCUGCUCCACGCUAUCAGGCCUCACCUUUGCUUGAGUCUCAGUCGCAAUGGAUCUAGCUCUGUUCCAAAGGUCUUUGAAGUAUGCUGCGAGAUUUUUUGGCUUAUGCUCAAAUAUAUGAGAGUUAUGCUUAAGAAAGAAUUGGAGGUCUUCCUGAAGGAGAUUUAUCUUGCCAUUCUCGAAAGACGCAACUCGCCAGCAUUCCAAAAGCAGUACUUUAUGGAAAUACUCGAGAGACUUUCGGGAGAUUCUCGGGCGUUGGUUGAAAUUUAUUUGAAUUAUGACUGUGACAGAACUGCGUUGGAAAACAUCUUCCAGAACCUGAUCGAGCAAAUAUCUCGGUUUGUGAUCAUGCCUGUACCCGUCAUGGGCCAACACACUUUUCAAGAAACCCGCGUCAAGUCUUCAAAUACCCCAGACUGGCAUCAACGCGGCACUCUUCCUCCUAAUUUAACCACAGCAAGCCUCACGAACAGCGUUGCUCCAAGUGUACAGAAUGGAUCUUCGGAGCUUUCAAUGAAGUACCACGCUCUUGAUUGUCUGGUUGAAAUUUUGCGAUCUCUUGACAGUUGGUCUUCCCAGCGACUGCCCAGUUCUACCAAUGGCACCCACGACGAUAUGUCGCGCAAGUCCGUGGAAAAUUAUCGAGAGUCCAUAGAUGCACCAUCAUUCGCCGCUGCUCUUCCAUCUCCCUAUAUUGACAGCGGCGGUACUGGAACCGGUCGCUCUACACCAGCAGUUGAGGAUGAUCCAAAUGAAAUAGAAAAAGCCAGACAGCGAAAAGCAGCUUUAUCUCAUGCUAUCCAACAAUUCAAUUUCAAACCGAAGCGAGGAAUCAAGCUCUUGCUCAAGGAUGGGUUUAUUCGAUCUGAUUCACCAAAGGAUAUUGCCAAUUUCCUACUUCGCAACGAUCGUCUUGACAAAGCUGGGAUUGGAGAAUACCUUGGAGAAGGCGACCCAGAGAAUGUUGCUAUCAUGCACGCCUUCGUUGACAGUAUGGACUUUGCCAAACGACGGUUCGUUGAUGCUCUUCGUCAGUUCUUGCAGAGUUUCCGUCUUCCGGGAGAAGCCCAAAAGAUCGAUCGAUUUAUGCUCAAGUUUGCAGAACGGUACCUUGCAGGCAAUCCAAAUAGCUUUGCCAAUGCGGAUACGGCAUAUGUUUUGGCAUACUCUGUCAUUAUGCUCAAUACGGAUCAGCAUAGUAGCAAACUGAAAGGUCCUCGCAUGACAAAGGAGGAUUUUAUCAAGAACAACCGGGGCAUCAAUGAUAACGCAGAUCUUCCAGACGAGUACCUCAACUCCAUAUUUGAUGAGAUUGCGAAAAAUGAGAUUGUGCUAGAUUCUGAAAGAGAGCAUGCCGCUAAUCAAGGCAUACCAACAGCUACUCCUGCAGGAUUCGCUUCAAGAGCUGGCCAAGUGUUUGCUACCGUUGGCAGAGAUAUUCAAGGAGAGAAAUACGCGCAGGCUUCAGAGGAAAUGGCCAACAAGACCGAACAGCUCUAUAGGAGUCUCAUCAAAGCUCAGCGCAGAACUGCCGUGAAAGAUGAGUUGUCUCGCUUUAUUCCAGCCACUUCAGUGCGUCAUGUUGGACCCAUGUUCAAUGUGACCUGGACCUCUUUCUUGUCGGGUUUAUCCGCUCCCCUCCAAGAAACACAGGAUAUUGAAAAAAUUAGACUUUGCAUGGAAGGACUCAAAUUAGCAAUCCGCAUAUCUUGCUCUUUCGAUCUUGAAACACCACGAGUUGCUUUUGUGACAGCCUUGGCUAAGUUUACAAACCUUGGCAACCUUCGAGAGAUGAGUAGCAAGAACUUGGAGGCAUUGAAAAUACUUUUGGAAGUUGCUGUUACUGAAGGAAAUCAUCUCCGAGACUCUUGGCGCGAGAUUCUUACCUGCGUCAGCCAGCUGGAUCGAUUUCAAUUGUUGAGCGACGGUGUCGAUGAAGGAACGUUACCCGAUGUGUCGAGAACGCGAAUAGUGCCGUCAAAUUCGACCGACGCUUCCAGAAGGUCUACACAGUCUACUAGACGGCGUCAACGUUCUACGGCCAGCACAUUGUCUUUCAGACCUGAGAUAGCUCUGGAAAGUCGUUCUGCCGAAAUGGUUCAUGCUGUUGAUCGCAUUUUCAGCAACACGGCAAAUCUUUCCCAAGAAGCGAUCGUCGACUUUGUCCAAGCACUUAGCGAAGUGAGCUUGCAAGAAAUUCAGUCCUCCGGUCAAAGUGAAUCUCCUCGUACCUACAGUCUUCAAAAAGUGGUUGAAAUUAGUUAUUACAACAUGACCCGAGUCAGAAUUGAAUGGUCCAGGAUAUGGGAAAUUCUUGGGCAGCACUUUAACGAAGUUGGGUGCCAGUCCAACACCAAUGUAGUUUUCUUCGCACUUGACUCGCUGCGUCAACUUUCCAUGAGAUUCAUGGAAAUUGAAGAAUUGCCCGGUUUUAAGUUCCAGAAAGACUUCCUCAAACCCUUCGAACACAUCAUGGCAAACAGCAACACAGUUACCGUGAAGGAUAUGGUACUGAGAUGCCUUAUUCAGAUGAUUCAAGCUCGUGGUCAUAAUAUUCGCUCCGGUUGGAAAACAAUGUUCGGCGUAUUCACCGUCGCAGCUCGGGAGCCAUAUGAGGGCAUUGUGAAUAUGGCAUUCGAACAUGUCACUCAGAUCUACAACACCCGCUUUGGAGUGGUGAUCAGCCAAGGAGCUUUCGCGGAUCUGAUUGUCUGCUUGACUGAAUUUUCGAAGAAUAUCAAAUUCCAGAAAAAGUCCCUCCAGGCCAUCGAAACCCUCAAAGCAGCUGUUACCAAGAUGCUCAAAACUCCAGAAUGUCCACUUUCAAGGAAGCAUAUMCCCGCCACAGAAGCUACAGACGUUACAGGCUCGAUUUUGAAACAUCAACUCAACCGUCAGACCCAAGAAGAACAAUUCUGGUAUCCAGUGCUCAUCGCUUUCCAAGAUGUCUUGAUGACUGGAGACGACCUAGAGGUUCGCUCGAGGGCAUUGAACUACCUGUUUGAGACGCUGAUUAGAUAUGGUGGUGAUUUCCCACAAGAAUUUUGGGAUGUCCUUUGGAGGCAACUGCUAUAUCCUAUUUUUGUUGUUCUGCAAUCCAAAUCAGAGAUGUCAAAAGUGCCCAAUCACGAAGAACUCUCGGUUUGGCUGUCGACAACCAUGAUUCAAGCUCUGCGGCACAUGAUUACUCUCUUCACACAUUAUUUUGAUGCGUUACAGAGCAUGCUUGACCGUUUCUUGGGUCUCUUGACUCUCUGCAUUUGCCAGGAGAACGACACAAUCGCACGUAUUGGAAGUAAUUGUCUACAGCAGCUGAUCUUGCAAAAUGUGACCAAAUUCUCAGAUGAACAUUGGGGCAAGAUUGUAGGCGCAUUCGUUGAACUCUUUGAUAAGACUACUGCAUAUGAACUGUUCACCGCUGCCUCUCCUUUACCGCCAAGAACACCGACGUCUGAAGUACCAAAGAGCAAUGGUGAUGCCACCAGCAAUGGUGCUGUGUCUGUAUCAGAGACUUCGGUCGUCGCUUCCGAUGAUGAACAUGCCAUCAACGGAGCGCAGACACCAAUUGCUGAAAAUGGAGAUGCUGGAGAAACAUCCAACGGCGCUUUACAUGAUACGGCUGCGGCGGCUGAACUGGAGGAUUAUCGCCCACAAGCUCAAGAACUUACUCAGCAACCUGCAGCCGUGACUGUUGCUAGGCGGCGAUUCUUCAAUCGCAUAAUCACUAAUUGCGUCCUUCAGCUGCUCAUGAUUGAGACUGUUCAUGAAUUAUUCUCGAAUGACAACGUGUACGACGAAAUCCCCAGCCCGGAACUUCUGCGUCUUAUGGGUCUGCUGAAGAAGAGCUACCAAUUCGCCAAGAAGUUCAAUGAGGACAAGGAUUUGCGUAUGCAACUGUGGCGCCAGGGAUUCAUGAAACAACCACCCAACCUUCUCAAGCAGGAAAGUGGCAGCGCCGCUACAUAUGUCAACAUCCUUUUCCGCAUGUACAGCGAUGAGCGUGAAGAGAGAAAAAGCAGCAGAGCCGAGACCGAGACUGCUCUUGUUCCACUAUGUGCAGAUAUCAUUCGCAGCUACGUCCGUCUCGACGAGGAAACCCAACAUCGAAACAUAGUGGCCUGGCGCCCUGUUGUUGUUGACGUGAUGGAAGGAUAUGUCAACUUCCCCCAAGACAAUUUCACCCAAUAUAUCGACACAUUCUACCCCUUAGCCAUCGAUCUCCUAGCUCGGGACCUCGCUUCUUCGGAGAUCCGACAUGCUCUCCAGUCUGUCCUUCGACGAGUCGGCGAAGUCAAACUUGGAUUGACGUUCCCACACCCUGCUGCUAGUGCCGAGCCGUCCUCAUCAGCAAAUUCUCUAAGGACGCAUAGCCGUGGUCAUUGA